GGUGCCUUUUGGCGGUCUUUUUAUGCAGAGGUGUUGGCCCCUUUGGUCCAGAUAUGGUCCGCAAGUAUACUAGUGCUAGAUUUGGUUCAUCUUCAACUGGCCAAGUUUUGAAUGAAGAGGAGUCCAAAUUACUGUUAGAAUAUGUGUACCACACAUUGACGGCCAAAGCCAGUGGAGAGCUGUGUUUAAAAUAUAUAUUUGCAUUUGGAGCAUUUACUCGGGUGCCUCUUUUAGAAAGUGCAUCUGAAUGGAAAGUCCCAACGACAUUUAUAUAUGGCUACGAAGAUUGGAUGUCUUACGAAGGGGCCCAAGAUGCUCGCAAGCAUAUGAAGGUCCCUUGUGAAAUUAUAAGGGUCCCUUAGGUUUCUCUCUCUCUCUCUUCCCCCCUAAAUUUGUCAAACUGUGCCUUUUCAGUUUCAUAAAAGAUCUGUUAUAUUAUAUGUUUUUAGAUUUUCUUAGCUAGUUUUUGAAGGUUGAGUUUUUGUGGGCUUGCUUUACAUUAACUUGGCUUUUUGCUCUCUUUCUUUUCUCUCUCUCUCUCUCUCUCUCUCUCUCACACACACACACACACACACACACACACACACACACACACAUUUGUUUUCUAAAUAACACAAAGGACCCAGGGCAAAAGCCAUUCAUUCAGCUUUACAAUUGGCCAAGGAUCCAUUAUUAAAGGUAAAAUUUAUUAUCGUAUAAUGCCGUAUCUAUUUAAAUUAUGUAUUCGACUUGUGUGUGAUGUAGAUGCAUGCAUCUUCAAUUGUAGGCCCUUUUAUUUUCCCUUUUUAUUUUAUUUUAUUUUUUAACAACAUUUUGUAUAUUUUAACCAUAUGAUAGCAUUGGAUUCUCAAUUUAGAAAUGUUUUUCGGUACGAAGUUGGAGGACUUGAUUUAACAUUUAAAAAUGCAUUAUUCCAAUGCAUCAGAAAACUUUUGAGAUUGAAUUGUUUGUCUUGAUAAAUUGCCCUAACAAUCCCAUUCAUUACUCUCUCUGUCUCUCUCUUUCUCUCUAAUAUGACUUGUAUCAAUUAUAGAAACAUUUUUCACUGUAUGAUGGACAUGUUAUCAAGAUCAUAGUUAUAAAUCCUGUUUUUGACUGGCCAAAAUGGCUCAGUAUGCACCAAGGUUGCUAUUCGUUCUUUCAUGAUGUUGCACCCAAGGUUUAUUCAUCCAAAUACAGGUGCUGCUUCAAAUGCCGCUGCACCGUCACAGGCUUCAAGAGCUGCAGUGGUGCCAAAUGCAAGCACUUAACCAACAGCUGCCUCAGUAGUUCCAGUUUUUGAUUUCUAUAGUGGGCUCCCAAGGAAACCAUCUCUCUCAAGAGUUAGGGAAUUUGAAAUUUGACAACAAAAAAUAGAUGCUCUCAUGAGACCUAUGAACCAAUUUUUGUACAAAGUUCAAGUUCUGUUAGUAGAUUUUAUUUUUUUAUUUUUUUCUUUAUUGUUGAACUAUGGCUUUUGAUAUAUCUUGCACAAGACCUUGAGCUCUACAAAGAACUCCUUGGACUUGUUAGAUCUCACCUU